GAUUGAAUUUUCAAACACUCUGUUGACUUGGUUCCAUCCCGGAGGGGUCUACACGGUGCUUGGAAUUGACUAGGUGAAAAUUCCGAGAAUGGAGAUGAUUUGCAUGAAUUUGUAACAUCAAUUCACAGUUGGGUUUACAGUGACUAUCAUGGAAAGACUCAUCGCCCAAAGUCUUCACUUGACUUCUGUGAAAUAGCAACAACCCCCACCUUUUCAUCUUUGGAAUAGUCAAUGCCACAACCCCAAAAAAACAGCCUUCUCCUUCAACACUAACUCAGAGUUCUUGCAAUGUCUACACCAGCAGAAUAUUAUAACUCUCUGCCACCAGUGAGCAAGGCUUAUGGAGUGCUCUGUUUAAUGGCCACGGCUGCUCAACGUUUACAACUUUAUGAUGCUUGGAACAUAGCUCUCACAUAUGAAGAUGUUUUCAGACGUUUUCAGAUUUGGAGGCUUGUUACCAAUUUCUUCUUUCUUGGACCAUUUUCAUUCCCUUUCGCAAUUCGUCUCAUCAUAAUAGCAAAAUAUGGUGUUUCCUUAGAAAGAGGGCCUUUCGACAAGAGGACUGCAGACUUCCUAUGGAUGUUAAUCUUUGGAGCAAUCUCACUCCUGGUGCAGGCUGUUGUUCCAUUUCUAUGGACUCCUUUCAUGGGACCUUCCUUGGUGUUUAUGAUUGUGUAUAUUUGGGCCCGUGAGUUCCCAAAUGCACGAAUCAACAUAUAUGGAGUUGUGUCAUUGAAGGGGUUCUAUCUUCCAUGGGCAAUGCUUGCACUGGAUUUGAUAUUUGGGGAUUCACUGCUGCCGAGUUUUCUUGGUAUGGUCGCAGGCCAUCUUUAUUACUUCCUCACGGUUCUUCAUCCUCUUGCCGGUGGAAAAUACAUAUUCAAGACUCCUCUCUGGGUUCACAAACUGGUUUCAUAUUGGGGCAAGGGGGUCCAAAUAAACUCCCCGGUGCAACGCAAUCCACAUGCCGGAGUUACAUUCCGAGGAAGAAGCUACCGUCUGAAUGGAAACCGAUCAAGUUCAAGCAGCAGCCCUGCCCCAGAGCAGCAGCCACAGCCACAGCAACUGAAUGCCAAUGCAGCCGCAGAUGGGGUUGCCUUCCGCGGAAGAAGUCAUCGCCUUGACGGCCGUUAAUUAGCUAGAUUUGUUUGCACUAUAUGAAAACCAACUACAUGUUUGCAUCAUCAAAUCAACUCUAUCUGUAACCAUAGAAAUCUAUUGCAACUCUAAAGGUUUUUAAUUUAUGAAUGAGAGAUGAACUUCGAAAAUAUUAUUAAUUUAA